AUGCUCACAGACUCUAGUUUAACAAAUAUAUUAGUUGUGAGUGGUGUAUCACAGAUACGCUAUAGAGUAUACCACCAAUAUUACAUUAGAGAACAACUUAUUGAAUACCUGAAAAAACCACACGACAGCACUAAUAAUAAUCAUAAUCAUAAUAAUGACAAUGCCUUACUGAAAGCAUAUGCUGAGCUCCUGUCAAUCAACAUUCCAGCAUUUUGGCAGAUCUGUAAAGAAUCGUUAGAGGAUUCCGAAAAUAAACUAUUACUUGAACUUUGGGUGUUUUGGUUCGAUGAUGGACAUACAGGAAGAGUUGAUUCUAAUGAAUAUCUCCGCGAGUUAGACGAAAUAAAAGUUGGAUCUUUCACUUGGGAAAAUGCUUAUUCAAAGCUUCAAUCACCUACUGCUUCACCGCCCUCUACUGGAACACAGGCAAAUGCUUCAACCUCAGUGACAGUCUCUGUUGAAUAUGGAAUGUUUAUACGAUCUGUACGAAACCUGUUAGACAAGCAAAUCAAAGGACGAGGAGCAGUUCCUUUAGGAGAAUUUUACAUUUUUCAAAAUAAUGAUAACCUUAACAAUGUGAUGUGGACUAAACUGAACUAUUCACAAUCGUCGAAUACUUCAUUAUGUUGCUCAUAUAACGUCUAUCUAGCAAAUACCAAUUUAGUCUUUCAACCGAAUCCUCGACGUAUGAGAGUUAGAUCACUCACUCAUCAAACUUUACGUAUGAAAGGACAAAGAGUUAUCUUAAGCCCGUCCGGUGAAUUUGCCACUAUUGCUUCCAACAGUUACACAUUACCCAAGCAGACUGAAGAAGCGAUCCUAAAGGCGUGGUCUUCACUAUUUGAUAUUCCUUAUAAAACUUUAAUUCAACAUAAUCGCAGCACAAUCAAGCCUCAUCCAUUACAAGAAGAACAAAUGGAUCAACCGCAGGUCAUUCACAAGUGCUUGCCCAAUCUAAUUGCAUUAAAGAGUACUACCAGGGGAACCGUGUUUUACUAUCCUACAGCAUUAACCUUUGUACCUUCGUCAUCUAAAAUAUCCCCUACUGCUAUGGCAGGCACCAAUGGCCUGUUCAGGUUCAAUCAGGGAUUUUCAGAAACUUUUGGAGACAAGUGGAGUAGAUGGGCAUGGAACAGUACAUUUUCCAACUACUGGCAGUUUGCAUGUCCAAGAGGCACUACAAUAUCCUCAGUACUUGACAUGCUUUCUCUAGAAACUGCUAAUGUAAAUCAGACAGCAAUCCUGCAGAAAGUCAUGAACGAAACAAUGAACGCAAGUCCUUUGAUGGUAACGGCGUCCAUGGCAACACCUGCCUCUACCAAUGGUAAUCAGCAGAGAAUGGAUACAUCCAUCACUUCGACACCUGUCACCAACCAAGAAGAAAGCGAGGAUAAACCAAAGAUCAAGAACCAGCAAAAUCUUUCUCUUGUCGAGUUUACCGUUGCAAAUUUUUCUGUUCCUGAAGCUAAUCAUGAUGACAUUCCUGAAUACCCUCAGCAAUACGCUAAUGCAAGUGUAAAUAAUGCCAUGAUGAUAAACAAUGCAAACGUAAUGCAGCAACAGCAACAUCAGCAGCAGCAGAUGCACAUAGCUCAACAAAUAGAUCAAAUAAAAUUGGAGAACAUGCACGCUGGUAUAUUAGCGAAUGUAGGAACAGCAGCAAAUAACUUAGCAUACCAGUCACCUCAAAUGACAAAUCUCGGGCUAGAUCCAUUUGGAUUAGGUGAUAGUAUGGAUGUAGACAACAUAAUUCUAGAUAUACCAAAUAGAUGGAGCGAUGAUGACAUGGCUGAUUUGGAUAAUUUCGACUUGGGAGUGACAGAGGAGGACUUUGAUUUUUUCAAGUCAAAGCCAGUGCCUGUUUCUAAUGCGACUAUACCCGUAAAGGAUGAAAUGUUCAUUGACACUACUAAUGCAGCGGACUCCUUGAUGCUCAUGACCGAUAUAAAGCAAGAGGAUACCACUGAUGAUUUUAAUAUGUUGACGAAUGACAAGCUUUUAGUCUUGGAUGAUAAAAACCAAGUGAUGAUGGAUACCGAGAUGGAGAAUGCUGCAAUUGGAAUACAAGAUUUAUCUGUCACACCGCUAGAAGUUGCCAUGGCACAGCAGGAGAAUCUCAUGAUACUGCAAGGCCAGCAACAAGUAGAUACUGAUUUGUUACAUAAACAAUUGUUGAUGCAUCAGCAUGAUCAGCAGCCAGAUCAACACUUUGGUCAAGGUGCCAAAAUGCCAAAAGAACGCCAAUUAUUUAUACCAUCAACUUUUGCACCAGUCAAGAUAGACACUAUGGUCAAUGACUCGAAAUACCACAGUGGCGGGAAGUUUACCUAUCCAUCUACUGAUGGAAUGAGUAGCUGUUUGCCAAGAGGCGACUAUUAUAGACCUGAUUACGUCCCUGCUAGCCGAUCAAAGAAACUCCGAAAGAAGAUGUCCAAAACAGCUAGUAUUGUCACUCAAGAUAAGGAAAGCGCUGUCUCCAACAGUAAAGAAAUGGCUUCAGAAAACAAUUUGACACAGAAUCUAGAAUCAAAGACGAAGAAGCCAUAUAAUGGUACACAUGUCAGUAUAUCCAGUAGUAACAGCAGUAGCAGUAGCAGUGAUAGUAGUAGCGAUUAUACGAGUAGCAGUGGAGACGAAGGUAAUGAUUCAGAUGAGGAUGUCGUAGAAAGAUCAAGUCAUGCCUUGAAUAAUGUAUCAAUAGCUCAGCAUAAUUAUCUCGAUAAGCUUCUUUCAACGUCACCUUCUUCUAGCAAGAUAACGCCUGCUCAUCAAGUCGUGUUUGAUUAUGACAGCCCAUUCGCUAAUGCAGUGACCGAGAGUCUGGGAAACACGCCAAACCAGCAAAUUAGUAUAAGCUCGCAGGAAGAUUAUAAAGCGUUAGAGUACCUUUGCCAGCAAGCUGUUCUUGGUGGAUAUCCCUUUUCGGGUGGGACCGAGACCAUUUCAUCUAAUGGCACCGAGACUACGGAAGGAGAAUCAACCAAGAUUAUUAUAUCGAGAAGAAGGCAUCUUUUGCAGGCGUUUUACGGAGAUACUAUACACGUUUGCUCAACACCUCAUGAUGCUGAGUAUAUGAACCAAAACUUCAAGGAUAUUCUCAUCAGUCUAUUUGCAAAGAAAGUGUCUGAUCUAAAUCCUAUGGGCCUAGAUCAACCUCUUCUUCCCGUCUCCAUCACUGUGAAGGGCCCUUUGAACCUACAGCAAUACUACGAUCUUUCAGAAACGAAUCAAGCGCACUCCAAGUAUGGCAAAUAUCAAGUAAAGAGACGAAGGCCAGCUGAGCCUAAUCUGGAUACAUUACGCCCACCCAACAUCGUUAUUAACCGUCAAGAGGAGUUCCUUGAAGGAAGCACAAGGAUGAUUAUGUUUUGGGAAAAGCUACGUCUAGAGCCUUACUCUUGCAAGAAACAUAUCAAUUAUUUUGUGAUGUAUCCCAAGAAUGAUGCUAUAGAAUAUAAUGUAUCCCAGUUCUUUAAGAAUCUUGGUACAUUAUAUGAAACAUGUCAAUUAGGCUCUCAUCAUCCUGGAAACAUUGGAGUGUAUCGUAAAGGCUUGGUUCCAGUUACUUUGCUACGUAGGUUUCUUUUAUUUAUUUAA